AUGGCCGUUCGAGACAUCGAAGCCGGUCAAAUGCUCUCAAGGCCUAGUAUGGGAUGUCUGGAAAAUUGCGAUGACUUUGAGCAUACCAAUUUCAUUGAAACUUUCAAGAACUAUGGAGAAGUGCAACAAUUUCCUCAUGCAUGGAAAUUCGGAAUGGACGUUGCACCCAUUUAUCAUGGUAGGCAUGAAGAAAAAACCAAGAUAGUGUGGAUCAAGCCUCCACGAUACGAACGACAGGCAACUCUGAUGGUAGCUCUGGAAAUUCAGAGGCUGGAAUACAAGUUCGAAGUCAUACCCUCGCGGGAGACAGUGGGCGAAAGAGAAUGGGUCCAAAUCGACAGAUAUUGUCAAUCCGUAGUGGAGGUGUUGGAAGACAUGAUUGAAGAAAGCAAGGCAUUCGACUUAAUUGGCGAUGAAUAUGACGAGGACGAGGACGAGUACGAGCAAGACAGUGAAGACGAAAAUAGCGAUGAUGAAGAAGGUAGCGAUGAUGAAGAGCACGAGGAUGAACCUGUCGCAAAUGAAUCGAAUGAAACAGGAAAAGAGAAUGAAGUGCUUGUAAAUACCGAGGACAGUACAGAAGCUCACGUGGCAUCGGAUUUUCUAGAGGGGAGAAACAGCUCCUCAAACGGUCAUCCAUGGAUGGUUGAUGGAUGUGACCUUUCUGAAGACUGUAGUAUUGACAAUAAGGGGAUGUGGGAAAACCUACUUUUACAACGCCUACCGAAACGAAACAUAAUGGGUUCUGAUGCGCAGCGCCUAUAUGGCAAUUGUAGGACCAGAAGCAUCCUCAAUCGAGUUGGACAGCUCUGGAAUCGAAGUCCCGUCUUUGCGACUGCCGAAAUUCCCAAGGGGACACUAAUUUGGACCUCCAAAUAUACAGCAACAUUCACGGAUGGAGUGCAAUUUCGAAAGGUUUUAUCGAUACUGCCAGACGACAUGGUUUGCGAUCUAAUCAUUUGGUGCUAUGCCUCUGAGGGUGAGAAUGAUAGUGAAGGCAUCCAGUCAGAAGAUGGCACAAGUAUUCCAGUUCAAGAUUUCUUUGAAUGUGACCUUGACGACGCAUCCUUCUUCAACUCCUAUGAUCAUCGAUCCGAAUACAAUGUUGGCUCACAAAAAGGAAAGGUUGCAGCUAGUCCCGAUGAUGACAAGGCAUAUGCCAUGAGAGACAUUCUUGCGGGAGAGGAACUCGUUUCCGCAUAUGAUGAAUUCGACACUAUGAAUUACGAUGCUUUCGGGCUACUGUAG